AUGACAACUGCAGAGACGUCUACCGAUCGCCAUGCGAGACGACGACCAUUUUCUCACUGGAUGAAGCGCCUCACAAACCUGAAGAGCUCUUCGUCUGAUAACAACCCCAAUAAUGCAUCGAGCAAGCGAAACGGACCAACUACACUCACCAAGAGUAAGAAGAAUAACAGCCCCUAUCUGUCUGGCCAUAUAGAUAGACGUUCCGCCGAACAGACGAACGGACAUCUCUCCUUCUCUGAGCCUGCAAACAGUAUACGACCAAGCCAUUUAUCCCAGUAUGAUGACCAAGCUCCGACAGCUGGAGAUAAAUCCGCUGCUCCCACGCUCUCUACGACCGGUGACACCACAACCUCUGAUACAGGCUAUUCCAAGGCUGGUACCUGUGCGACGGGGGGCAAUGGGUUUAAUCCCACCGGUGGCGGAGAGGGCAGCACCUUUUCAUCCCCAUCGCCUUCAGUACGUUCGCUGACUACAACACUCACAACCAUUCAAUCAGCUGCUCCCUCAACCCAGCUAAACGCAGCCCAUAAUUUGAACCACUAUUCGGCCGGCAUGGGCGGUGAAAAUAACGCUGGAUCUCACCAUGCCACCACCCAACAUCCCGGUGUCCAAUUUACGCACCAGUUUCCCACAUCGCCGAUUACGGCAGUUCCACCGCAUCUUACUGUUAAUCCAAACCCUACCACUUAUUCGAGCGCUACUGCGAACAAUCUAUUGACAGAUAAUGCAUCGGUUCUCACUCUGGCCUCGUCAUCCAAACGUCGGCGACGAAACUCGCUUGAUACGAACGCAUCGGUACUCGCCCUUGCACCGUCAUCUCUGUUCAGCGGAAGCCGUGAAAGCUUACCGCUCAGUGUGCUGAGCGGCCAUAUGGGUGGGGUGGCCGGAGCGGACCAAAGUAGCUCAUCUACGCAUAAUGUAGUAGGUGUUUUAGGUCGAGGAAGCGCCGCUAACAAUGAACGGGCCAGCGUUCAUUCAAUGUCAGGUAUUAUUGCUCCAGACCGGGGAAGCGUGAGGAGUGGUAUACAUUCACACCACGGACGAAAUGACAGUAUCACCGGAAGCAUUGGGAUGCAGGUAGGUGGUACUAUUUCCGGUGCGACCGGGCGAGUCAGCCGCCGUGGUUCUGGUUGGGGUGAAAUCGUUGACUCUGAGGACACGGGAGAUGAAACCCAGCGUGAAGAAUCCGUUACAGGUGAUAUCACCGAUGGCAAAGAAAAGAUGGGCGAGAAACCAGCAGAGAAAGAUAAGAAAGAAUGCUAG